CUGCAUGUUGAUCAUCUGGGCCCGCUGCCGACGCUACUGGGAGCCUAGCGGUCCCGCUGCGGUUUGGGCUAGGGUGGCAUCUCUCUUACACCGCCACCCCUCGUCCCUGGGUCCCCAUCCUCCGAGGACCGCCCUCGACCUUUACCCUCACCCAUUUCCCCCUCCUCCCCGCACCAGGGCCCCCGUAUCUGAGUAUCUGCACUCGUGCCGCCCCCCGCGUCUCUCCCCUCCCGCCGCAAACCCCGCGACCUCCAGCAGCCCGCCCCCGUGGGCCCGAGCCCGCCCCGCGGCUCCCGCCGCAGCCUCCUCCGCCUUCCCGCUCUCCCAGGGCUCGCGCCACUACACCCCCCGCCGGCCGUCCGCGCGCGGGCUUCCCUGUUCCCUCCUCCUCCCGCCCCCUCGGAGCCCCCUCCCCCGCCCUGGCCAGCAGACAUGCAGGUGUCUAUCGCUUGUACCGAGCAGAACCUUCGCAGCCGGAGCAGUGAGGACCGUCUGUGUGGACCCCGGCCGGGCCCCGGGGGCGGUAACGGCGGGCCGGUCGGCGGGGGGCAUGGGAAUCCUCCAGGGGGAGGAGGGUCGGUCCCUAAGGCCCGGGCCGCACUGGUGCCCCGACCCCCAGCGCCCGCGGGGGCCCUCCGAGAGAGCACCGGCCGAGGCACUGGCAUGAAAUACAGGAACCUGGGAAAGUCUGGUCUUCGAGUAUCCUGUCUUGGCCUAGGCACCUGGGUCACAUUCGGUUCUCAAAUCUCGGAUGAGACAGCAGAGGACGUGCUGACAGUAGCCUAUGAGCAUGGUGUAAACCUGUUUGACACGGCUGAAGUGUACGCAGCGGGAAAGGCUGAAAGAACCCUAGGCAACAUCCUCAAGAGCAAAGGAUGGAGGAGAUCAAGCUAUGUCGUCACCACCAAGAUUUUCUGGGGAGGACAGGCAGAGACCGAGCGAGGCCUGAGCCGCAAACACAUCAUCGAGGGCCUGCAAGGAUCCCUGGAGCGCCUCCAGUUGGGAUACGUGGACAUCGUCUUUGCCAACCGCUCAGACCCCAACAGUCCCAUGGAGGAGAUCGUGCGGGCCAUGACCCAUGUCAUUGACCAGGGCCUUGCCCUGUACUGGGGGACGUCCCGAUGGGGAGCUGCAGAAAUCAUGGAGGCCUACUCCAUGGCCAGACACUUCAACCUGAUCCCUCCAGCGUGUGAGCAAGCGGAGCACCGUCUGUUUCAGAGGGAGGAGGUGCAGGUGCAACUGCCAGAGCUCUACCACAAGAUCGGUGUCGGCUCAGUCACCUUGUCCCCUUUGGCCUGUGGCCCCAUCACGAGCAAGUAUGAUGGGCGAGUCCCAGAUACCUGCAGGGCCAUCAAGGGCUACCAGUGGCUCAAGGACAAAGCGCAGAGUGAGGACGGCAAGAAGCAACAAGCCAAAGUCAUGGACCUUCUCCCCAUCGCCCACCGGCUGGGCUGCACCGUGGCACAGCUUGCCAUCGCGUGGUGUCUCCGCAGCGAGGGUGUCAGCUCGGUCUUGCUGGGGGUGUCAAGUGCAGAGCAGCUGAUAGAACACCUGGGAGCCGUCCAGGUGCUGAGCCAGCUGACGCCGCAGACGGUGACGGAGAUAGACGGGCUUCUGGGGAACAAACCGCAUUCCAAGAAAUAGUCCGUCGAGGGGCGCAGGCACCCACAGCGGGGCCGCCGCCCCCGCCGACGAGCGCCUCCCCGCCGCCGCCCCCCUCCCG